AUUUUGACGGAUUAUCUAUCACGAGAGCACAGUUGAGUCAAAAACAUCUUCAUGGAACAAACCACCGCCGCCUUUGAGUAUUGACAGAACGGCAGCAUUGUUGAAACUUCCAAACACGUAUCUGGAGAAGGGGUGACUCAGGAACCAAUCGGGAUGCGGUGAUGUCGCAUGCAAAGCCCUGGCGGAUGUGUACCAAAGUUUACAUGAUUGCCUUUUUGCCAGCGAAUACUUCACCCGAACGCCUCGUAAGCUCAGCGCUUUCAACUCCUUCGCCAGUGUGGAACUGUUCCACUUCAAUGUGCCUGACGACACCAUGAUGGCCGUAUGGAACCUCAUUACCUUCAAGGAACAAGGCGGUACCUUCGGAGACAGCUGCCCCAAUCGCAAUGUUACUGUGUACUUCAGGUCCGGCGCUCCUCCCGUAAUCAACCCCCUGAGCACUCACUUCCCUCGGGAUACGGUCGUCCCAGGAUCCUUCGCGGUGACUCUGACCUGGACGCUCCCCAACAGAACCACCGGAGCGUUCAACGUGACCAGCCCGCUCCCUGGGGACUGGUUCCUGGCUGCCCAUCUACCCAAGGAUGAAGGCAAGAUCUCAGUCAAGGGUCUGUCUGAGGAGUGCCAGUAUUUGUUCCAACCUCAGCUCAUCGUCCAGAGGCUCGUUGGGAUCGCCGUGCUCUAUCCGGGAUACUUCAUUGACCAGAUGAUCCCCGCUCACAACAGAUCUGCUCUUUACAAAGUGUUUGUGCCCAAUUACAUAUCGAGGGUGAAAGUUCAGCUGUUGAACUGCGGCGUCAGGAACAAGAGCGGCGACACUUGUCCCGUGGUGUUGAAGAUAAGAGCGCGGGCGCCACCCGUGCACAAUUCCAGCGCCCUCGACUGCCGGGAGCGGAGCCCCUGCGAGCUGGACGCCUUGGCGGCCGCCUGGGAGCGAUGGUACUACGUCCUCGUGGAGAGAUACCUCACCAACGCCGACGUCUACUUCCGCAUCGGCGUGCAGGUUACAGAUUGCAGCAAAUCCAACGCAUCCAAGGAGCAGUCCUCUGCCAGCUCAUCCAUGAACAUGCCGCAGUCGUUCGGCACGGCGAUGGCGCUCUCCUUGUCCGACAGCCUCUCGGCGGCGGCGGCGGUCCCGGGAAGCCCGUGGUACAACGGCACUCGCCCGCACGCCUCGGCGGACAGCGUGGUUUACCUGGCUCCCCCCACCGACACCGACAAGUGCUGGCCCGUCCGGCCGACUCUUCGCAACGAGCUGGACACCUUCUCGGUGCACUUCUACGUCUUCUUCGGUCCCAACGUUUCCAUUCCGCCGGACAGAGCGGCCGUGUUCGCCAUCAACCUCAUGCCCGUCUUAGACAGCGGCGGCGUUCUCAACAUGGAGCUCAAGCUCAACACGUCGACGCUUCAAGACAAGAAUGUCACCGUGCGUGGCUGUCUGACUCACGGGAUGCCGCUCUUCCUUUGGCAAAACUCAUCAUUGAAAUGUGAAUCAGAAUCCGUCGCUGGGUUUUUCCUCUCUGUGAACACCUCCGCGAAUGUCACCAAGCUCAGGAUUCCGUACCCUCAGACGGGCACGUGGUACCUCAGUCUGCGCUCUCUAUGUGCCACGCAACACGGUUUUGAGGCGUGCGCCAACAUCACGGCCGAGGUGUACAUGCGCGCCUACCUGACGCCGUGCAUCAACGACUGCGGCACGUACGGACAGUGCAAGCUGCUUCGCACCAACAACUACCUGUAUGCCGCCUGUGAAUGCAAAGCAGGCUGGGAAGGCUGGGGCUGCACGGACAAUUCGGAGGCCUACUCGUACAGCUUCCAGCUGCUCUCCACCCUGCUCCUGUGUCUCAGCAACCUCAUGUUCGUGCCGCCCGUGGUCAUCGCCGUGCGCAGCCACUAUCUGCUGGAGGCCUCGGUCUACAUCUUCACCAUGUUCUUCUCCACCUUCUACCACGCGUGUGACCAGCCGGGCAUCGUGGUCUUUUGCAUCAUGGAGUACGAUGUUCUGCAGUUCUGCGAUUUCCUCGGUUCCCUCAUGUCAGUGUGGGUCACGGUCAUCGCCAUGGCCAGGCUCAAGUCCAUCAUCAAACAGGUGCUCUAUUUGCUGGGGGCCAUGUCCCUCUCCAUGGCUUUGCAGCUGGACCGUCACGGUCUGUGGAACCUGCUUGGACCCAGCUUGUUUGCUCUGGGCAUCAUGGCAGUGGCAUGGACGGUGCGCACCAUCCGCCGGCGGCGAUGUUACCCGCCCACCUGGAAGCGCUGGGCCUUCUUCCUGUUCCCCGGCACGGCCAUCGCCACGUCGGCCGUGGCGCUUUACGCCUUCGUGGAGACGGAGGAGAACUACUUCUACAUCCACAGCAUCUGGCACAUGCUGAUCGCCGGCAGCGUGGGCUUCCUCCUGCCGCCCCGCGCCAAACCCGACGCCAAGGUGACGCCGCUCAAACGCAGGCGAGGCUGCGGCUACCAGCUGUGCGUCAACGAGCACGAGGAACUGGGCCUGGUGGACCCGGCCAUCAUCUCCAUCAACAGCAUCUGCACCAGCUGAUGAACUCCCACGCUCGCACCCUCUUCUUUUACCUUUGGUGACACUUCAUUGCCUUCUUUGACUCGGGACGUUCACGCACGGGAAAUAAGCCACAGAACUCAGAUGUAAAUACUUUUAUGCAGACAAUGACACCUGGUCGGUGGGCUUCUUGUUGUCACGGUUACCACCGCUGUCCUCCGUAAAGCCAGGCAACGCCGCACCAUUUGGCCGGUUCUCGCCAAGCGGUCCAAGUCAAGCCCGUUUUAUUUCGAUUGCGCCGGAAGUUAUCUCAAGGCACUGAUGUGUACAUCAGAGCGGGUCAAGAAGCGCACUCCUCAGACAUCCUGGAGUGGAACCUCCAUUUGAGCGGAACCAACGAGAUUCCCGAAUUCAACGGUCAGACAACGGUGUCCGGCGUACCUCACCUUUGGCCCUCCAGCUCAGCCGUGACCCUAAUGAGGACAAGCGCGGUGGAAAAUUGAUGGAUGAGUGCUCCGUGGCAGCGUGAGCCCCAUCGAUUUCGGUUCCGUUGGCCGCUCUGGAGCCGUGGCUUGGCGGGGGUCCGCUUUGGCGCUUUUGUCAGUUACCAUGGAGACAGGUGCAAGUACUUCCGCUGUGUGUAUAGUCGGUCGUAAGUGGUUCUAAUGAAGUACUGUUUGCGCGCAGCGGUACACGCGCUUGUUUGUGAAUAUGCAUUGAAAGUCAAGGCUGCUAUUUGACGCUGACUGUACAACUGCUUGUGUGGGUUAUUUAUUCAAAGGGGCUUUUUACAUUUGACUUGCAGGGUUUUGCGAUGACGGGCUCCUCACCAACCUCUACUUUGGUCACUUACUGCAAGCAAAAAAAUGUGACUCAAGCUUUCUGUUCAAGUUAUCCUUUAACCAAUUUAAAGAAGUCAUUGCAAAGAAAAGACUCGUACAGAGCGAUAAGACCUUUUUUUGGGGGGAGUAGGAAUUCUCAUCUUACCAAUGGUGUAUAAGAGUUAUUGCAAAACCAGAAAUGAAAAGCCAGCGUCUUUUGGAAAUAUAUAACAGUGAGAAUGAAACCAAUUUUAUUGAUUCGAAAACAAUUCAAAUGGAAUAUUUUACAAGCUAGAACUGACAAUUUAUCUAUUGGAUUGUAAUUUGUAAAAACUGAUUUUCUCCGAGAUGCCCUUGUGGGAAUUCUCCCCCCCCCCCCCACUGAAAAUUUAAUUUAUCUUCCAUUUAACAAAAAUGUGCUUGACCUCACACUUUGAAACCCACUGAAAUGGAGUGAAAAAUAUUUGUUUUGUUUUUUUAAAAUGAUGAUUUUGGAUUAUGUUUUGUACUGAGACACAACAAUGUCAUGUACAUUUUUUUACAACCUACAGCGGGUAUCACAAAUGUAAAAAAAAAAAAUAUAUAUAUAUAUUAUAUACAUAUAUAUAUAUAUAUAUAUAUAUAUAUAGUUGUCAUGUGGAAUGUUAGAGUGUCUUUUGCAACAGCAAGGUAAGACUUUGUACGUAACGUAAAACCUACGGCACUUUGAAAGGAAUGUGCCGAUUGUUCUCCCAAUCCAAAGUGCAGCUUUCCUGUCGGGAGGAGAGCGAGAGAGAGAGAGAGAGAGAGACAGGCGGAUCACCGCAGACCUCAAAUCAACACCAGUCCGCCUUCCCUUCCCUUCCCUCUCUCCCUCCCUCCCCCGACAGGACCUGUG